AGGCCCACGCCUAUUGGAAAAAUACCACCCAUUGGCGACCACGAUGUAGAGGCACUCACUUCUUCACGACUCUUUAUUCAUUCGACUUUACAUACUUCUCUAUCUAUGUAUUUUCUCUUUGUUUAUGUUUUCAUUUGAUUUUGACCUUGGCAAGACCAAGACACUAAGUAAGCGUAUUUUAUCCAAAAAAGACAAGAUGGCUUCUUCCACAAGCGUUGUGUAGUCACGUUCGUUGCAGCAGCAACCUUUUCGUUUUCAGAAGAAAUAAACGGGAAUUUUUCGACGACGAAGUGACAAAACGUAUCCAGUGCAAAUAGGUCUGGGGCCUUUGGAACGAUUGGAACUUGUGACGCUCCCUGUCAGUUACAGGUUUUUCAAAAAUCUGUAAUGCACGAGUAGCAAAUAAAUCUGUGCCUGUCCACUUUUGGCCUCCCUGGGAGGGGAUUUCUUUUGCAGAACCAGUUGUGAUGCUGUGCCCCGCAAUGAAGAAUUUGAAUUUCUGGACCAUAUAGAACCUGCACGACAAACUCCAACUGUUCCAGGCCCAGACAUAUUUGCAAUGCAUAAAACUCCCCGGGAAGCAAAGUUCUUUCUCGCGGGACGAGCAGCCGAACCAAGAUCACGAUGGACAAAGAUCCGGAGUAAUUUUUUUGAAGCUGCAGCAGUAAGUAAAAAGUGACACCCUUGACUAGCGAGGGCUUGACCUCAAAACCAAGGAAAAGGAUAGAAGUGACAUGAAAUCUGAAAAAGUAGAAGGAGCUCGGACAACGAGGUCAAGCUAGCUGACUGACUACACGACGCGACUCAGUAGUUUUUUUCUCCAGAACAACCAGGUCAAGUUGAAUAUCCGAACAGUUCGGCGAGGAGGUGUUGGCCCAGUUGUAAGAGCGACCACCCCGCGGGGCCGGGGGCACUCCUGUACUUCGUGAAGAUCAACAUGGCAGUCGUCCCACGACAUAGAAGAUCGUCACGGGAACAACCACAGGCACACCGGAGCUGCUGCAGUAGAAGUGCUUCUUACAACACAACAGAAACAUCAGUUGUGGUAGAAGUAGAUCACGAAAACCACGGGAGGACGAGGACCGGGAGCAGGGGCAGCACCAACACGAACACCAGUACCAGUACCAGCCUCAUCUUGUCUCGUACAAGGAUGAUGGCGCGAGGACGUGGUGGCUCAUCUUCAUCAUCCCAAGAGCAGCUAGGAGACGUUGAUGCAUCAAAUAACCGACCGGCUGGAGGCGCGUGGUCAUUUUCACGAACAAAUUAUUGCCGUCGCAAGAAUAACAUCAACAAGUGCAGCAAGCAGAAGAACAAGAAGAAGAAACACCAACAGCAACAUAACUGUUGUAGUCUGUGCCAAGAAAUAAAUGCCGAUAUUACCUUUCCAUCAGGUCGGGGACGACCAUCGGGUUCAUCUUCAUCAUCAUCAUCCCAAGAGAAGCUAGGAGACGUUGAUGUAAAAACCGACGCCCUUGUUCCCGCCCCGAUUCCGCGGGAGGAGGAUGACGUCGAAGAGCGGCUUCUACCACCCCGCGGCGACAAGAAUGACUACCACAAAGAUCUCGGGCAAAAGAGUUUUACCACGAACAAGAUGGUGGAUUCAUCCGGUUCAUCCGGUUCAUCUACCCCUGCCAAAGAUGUAGUAGAUGUUGAACAACAACCUGCUGCACCCCGACGAGGUGAACGACCAGAAGAAGAAGUAAACGGUGAAGAUGUGGCCCUCGUCGAGCCAGAGCAACAAGCUCCCCAGGAGGAGCUUUUUUUAUCCUGCUGCACCUGUGCGGCCCGUGUUGGUCCUCCGGUUCGAUUUGCUGCGGGACAAAUAUUGAAACGAGGAGGACCCAGCAGUCGCGCGGGGUCGUCUGUGGACUACAACUUCUGGGAGCAGCAGAAUGUUGAGGAGGAGUCAACGGCGGGAAAAAUUGAUUUUGACUCGUCUGAAAACAACUUAUUGAACAGGAAUAACUACGUCUUCCGCGCAAGAAAACCACAAACAUCUUCCACUACAGAAUCUUCAAAAGCUGCCGCAAAUAACCGACCGGCUGGAGGCGCGUCGUUUUCACGAACAAAUUGCCCUCGCAAGAACAUCAACAAGUUCAAAUGCAGCAAGCGGAAGAGUAAGAAACACCAACAGCAACAUAACUGUUGUAGUCUGUGCCGAGAAAUAAAUGCCGAUAUUACCUUAUCACAUGAGAAACAUCCUCAGCUGUAUUUUUCCUCAUAGGGCAAAAAAAAAUAAAUUUCAAGCAUAUUUGUAGAUCAGAACUCAAGGCGUGUAGCAUCGCCCAAGCGGAAAGCAAUUCACGGCAAGUUCGGAAAUUAUGCGCCUGCUGCUUAUUUGUGAGUGAUGGGAUUGCUUUGAAAAAGAGGACUCAUCGCGACGGUAUGGCGCUGAAAAGCAUGGCCAAGAAGUGCCUCAGUUGGCCAGAAUUGUGACUCGGACCGUCGAGGCUGUAAUGCGGAGAAGGCAAAAAAGAUGCUUUUUUUGCAAAAAAAAGCUGCUUUUUUGAUCAAAAUCCUUGGCAUUUUGACGUCCGAAACCUUGCUAUGAGUACUCAUUUUUUUUUGCUAUGAGUACAAAUGACUUCCACGACGGAGCUCUGGAUCAGAACUCUCUCAAAAAGCAGCUCACUUUGAUGCUAUAAAUCAUAGCUUUUCCUAGGGUCAGGAAGGAGAGUGAGCACAAAUACGGUAGCAGUGGGAGAAGCUUUUUUUGCAUUCAAUUACCGAUGCUACGGUGGCCACACGGGGUCACUUUUUGCUCAAGCGCGACGGUGUGCUGUUUUUCUUUUUGCACUGCCGCCGUGAUUGGCUUCAAUUGGUCUGCUUUUCGUAUCCCAAACACCAUCGCAAUGCAGCCUGAUAGAUGGAGGCUGUACCCUAUCCCGGAGAACCUCCUGAAGGGUGGGCCUGGUUCUGAUACAUAAAAACCCGCGCAAAUUUUUUUUUUUUUGGCCCUAUGAGGAAAAAUACAGCUGAGGACUUUUCUAAUUUGAUAUACCUUUCCACCACGUCGGGGACGACCACCGGGUCUCGCUGGGCCGAGCCCUUCAUCCUCAUCCUGUUCCACCUGCGCGACCGUUAUGGCCUGCGAAGAUGGAACAGUCAUCUCUUCAAGGGGUAGAAUGAUUUGCGAUGCAAAAUGUACUAGGUGACGUACCUGUAAGCGGGUCUAGCAUAAACAAACUAGCGACACUCCGACCCCCCCGCAUUGAAAUCGGUACUCAAAUUCGACGUCAUGCAGAGCAAACGAAACUCGAACUAAAGCUGCACCUCUUUGUAUCUAUGCAGGACAACUUUAUGCAUUCCAUUGAUGGUUCCACUUUUUGAGUCUUUGUUCCAGCUGAAAAAACCUGCAUAACCGCGUCCGGUGUUUUCUGUACCUGCGCUUCGACCGCGUUGGUGUUGCAGGACCAGUUUUUGUAUCCACCGCAUCGAAAUAAUUUGUGCUUGUCUACUGGUAUGACAAAUGGAGAUGACAAAUACAUCUCGUAGGUCUGAAGAUUGCGCAUGAGCAUGACAAAUUUCAGUUUGGAUUCCGAAAAAAAUUUUUUGUACAACUUGUCAACAUAUUUAUCGAAAACCACUAGUACGAUCGAUGCUUUUACAUUGCAUAUUUUCAGUGGCGGGUCCACCUCCUCAACCGCAACCCCCCGCGAAGGCGAUAUGGGAUCAAUUUUUUUUCCUCAUGAGCGUCGCGAUUUUUACCAUGGCGACCGCGACCACCGACGUUUCGAGGACCACAGAUCAUCUUCCAAUUCCAAAGGAGCCAGCUUUCUCGACGGUCUGGGCGUCCAGGCGCGGGCGGUCUCAGCGAAGACGAAACGCCGAGCCCAGCUAGGAGAUCUGGAUCCCGGGGUGGAAGAAAAUGUAAAUGAAAGGAAUCAUGAAGAGGACGAGGGAGUAGAUGAUGUUGAUCAUGAUGUCCAACAACAUCCUGGCCGCGUCCUCCAACAUGUAUUGAGAGGAAAAAUCCCCCCUCCCCAUAUUGAAAAGGUAUGUUUUCGAAAAUUUAUUGUGUUGCUGAUGUGUGACCACAAAGCAGGUUUGUCUUGCAAGAAGACAAGUUGCAGAGGAUUCCGCCCAAUUGUGGAAGCGAUUUGGCAUGCUGUUGAUCCUAGAGGGUAGCCGUUUGCAAUGCUGAACAGCUAGACCUGAGCGCUCCCGCCUUAGGUGCGGAUUUGGCCGCAGUGCCUUACUGCGAGACAAGUCGGAUUGGUGUACGCAAAUCAGCGUCAGAAAUUUUCAUUUUGAUAUGGGGAGGGGGGAUUUUUCAUUUUGAUAACAUGGUCGUCGUGAUCACUCGGUUGAUGCUGGUGUUGAACUACAGCAAUCGGAAAUAAAACUAGAUGAUGACGCGGAGGGGAGGACCAAGACCAAGCUUCGCAAAGAAGCAUUUUCACGAAGAGCAAGCAGUUCAGGCUCUGCGUCCUUCUUCGGCGCGCAGGAACAAGAUGUAUCAAAUGUAAAAAUGUCUGGGUCUGGAAGAAUGCAUGUUUGUCAUGCUUGUCUGGCAUGACUCUUGAGUCUGUCAUGCACGUUACCAAAGAGCUCCACUUUUCUGUCAUGCAGAAACGCAUUUUGUCAUGCAAAAUAGGCAACGCCUAGAAGCUCAGAAACUUGUCAUGCUGAGCCAGCACCUGUGGCCUCAUCAUGAUACGCCACCCAGCAUCACAAGUUUCCAGACCCAGACAUUUUUACAUUUGAUAAGAUGAAGUAAAAAGACAAAAUGUUGCCGCUCCUGUCCAACAAAUAAAAGACAACGUCGUUCCGGCAGGACUAGCUUCUCCAAAAAAAGCAAAUGGAACGUCGACCCUAUGAAUUGCAAAAGUAUCGUACUCGUAUAAAUGCAUUACAAAUUUCCUCAGCAUGAAAAAAAAUUUGUAAUGUGGAUUGACCUUAAGAAAAAGAUUUGUAAUGCAUGAUCGCAAUACGAGUGCGAUACUUUUGCACAGGAUAGUCGACCCAGCACGACGACCACGCGCCGCCGGUAGUUGUUUCGUCGGGCGGCAGUACAUAUCCCGUGCAAAAGUAUCGUACUCGUAUGGCAAUCAUGCAUUACGCUAAGGUAAAUCCGCAUUACAAAUUUUAUUUCUCAUGCUGAGGAAGUUUGUAAUGCAAAUAUACGAGUGCGAUACUUUUGCAGUUCAUAGUACAGCCUCCCCAUCCAUGGCGUCGUAUUGGAAACAGAAGUAUGAACUGCAAAAGUAUCGUACUCGUAUAAAUGCAUUACAAAGUUCAUCAGCAUGAGAAAUAAAAUUUGUAAUGCAGAUUUGCCUUGGGAACAAGAUUUGUAAUGCAAGGCUUGCAUUUAAACGAGUGCGAUACUUUUGCACAGCAUAAGAAGGCGCGGUCCUACAUUAUGGCCUGCUCAGAGGGAAAGUUUUCAGAUGGAGACUUUUUUUUUGUUUUUCGAAUGCAAAUAAAAUGCAAAUGACCUGUGUGGCUGACAUAGAGUCUAGCAUGAAAAAUCUUGUUUGAUUUCUUUACACACGAGCCCACCAUUGGCAUGAUUUUGAUUUAUAAUCCGUACAAAAUUUGUCAUGUAAAAGACCUGGAGCUGCAAGCAGACGAGACUCUGGCUCUGUUGUUGCCCUUUUAUGCAAGACAAAUUUACGACUUGCAGUUGCAUUCGUAGUUUCAGUUGAGAUUGUUCAUCCAGCUGAGCAUGCCAUAUCCGUGCGGCACUUUGUGGGCGCAGCUUUGCAGAACAAGCACCUGCAGCCGCUGUUUCUGCGGGCCCUUUCGCUACUGCAACCACACGCAACGCCAGGCAUAAAGAUUCAGCCGCGCCCACGGCAGGAGGAGGCGCCGGCGUCUCUAGGAGGACGGGGGCACAUCGAGCAGCCUCGUGCAGCGGGCGGGGAGGGAAAGCCAGACAACACAGCAGGGCUGUUUGGGCACCGGGCUUUGUUGUCGCAACUGGCGGCAUAACCAUUGCAAAAGAAGAAGUAUCGUACUAGUAUAUCAAAUCGCAUAUAAUACAUGGCACUACAAAUUUGGAUUUGCUCAGCAUGAGAUCAUCUGCAAUUUGUCAUGCUGUUUUACCUUGUGAUGCAGAUUUGCAAUGCAUGACUGCGAUUUAUAAUACUACGAGCGCGAUACUGUAGUUGCACAGAAUACGGCAACCGAAGGAGGGCGGGCGCAGCUGGACGAAAUCCAGGCGGCGAUCCGAAACAACACGGAAACGGCUAUGGCGUUCUCAAACGUUAAGUACAUUCUCAACUGUUAGUUACAUGAAAGUACCUUAAGCCGGCAGAUGAUCGAGCUGCUUCGCAUGACAAAAAUCGGGAGAGCUAGACAGCAUCUAAAUCUACGCCAAACUUGUAUAUGCAAGAGGCACAAUCUUCCUCCUUUCACUUUCGCCAGUCUUGCAUUACAAAUUCAUGUAACAGUUGAGAAUGUAACAUUUGAGAACAUCAUAACGCCUGAGCUGGAGGAGAUGCUGCAGGCCACGGCGCAGAAACUGAACAACAGGAGCCAAGAUUUUUUCCCUCAAGAAGAUGCCAACAAUAGCACGUUAUGCAAUUCAUACAUUUCUGGGUCUGGAAACUUGUGAUGCAAGACCUCCGAUGUGAUGCAAGAAAGGGAAGAGUGAGCGCACUGGAAUGCGCUGCCCAGCAUGACAAGUUUUUCCGUGGUUCAGAGUUGCGUACUCCGCAUGAGAAACUGCGUUUUUGCAUGACAGACAAGAAAAGCUCGUCUGCGCGGGCACGCAAUACAGAGUUUAGAGUCAUGCCAGACUAGCAUGACAAAUCUCGCAAUCUCCCAGACUCAGACAUAUUUGCAGUUCAUACACGUUUCUGGACGACAACUUCUACGGGGACGAUGGCCCCCGCGACCGGGAGGACCACUUUUCAUCUGCCUACAGCUAUCCCACAGAAAAAAGCUGGCAGGGCAUAUUUGUAAUGCAAAAAUAAAUACAGAAAAAAAUCUGUCAUGGGCGGCCUCAUAGCAUGCUGUUUAGGCUACGCAAUACAGAUUUCUAUUGUGUAUUUAUUUUUGCAUUACAAAUGUGACCUGUCGGCUUUUUUCUGUGGGAUAACAGCGGCCCGUCAGCGUACCAGAAGAGAAACGACGAGGAACAAGCCGGCUAUUUAUUCCAGGGCGACGGCGUAUCAAAUGUAAAAAUGUCUGGGUCUGGAAGCGUCAUGCUGUUUUUGCAUGACACAGAAGGUCUGGCAUGGAAGCUCUAGCAUCACAGGUUUCCAGAAGCUUGUUCCGCAAUGCCGAAUCCGCAUGACAAAUUCCCCAUUUUGGUGACAGAAAGUGGGCAGCUUUUGCUGCCUAUGCAUGGGAGAUUUUUCUGUGUUCUGAAAUGCGCACCACAGGUCUGUAUUCUUCCAGACCCAGACAUUUUUGCAUUUGAUACGGCGCCGGCGGCAUGACGUCGGUGGUAGUCGGUCCACCGGUCCGGGCCACUAGUAGUACACCGGCAGCUGCAUAUCAAAAUGAAAAAUCCCCCCUCCCCAUAUCGAAGGGGAAGUCCGUGAUGCUGUAUUUGCGUACACAAAUCAGCUUUGUCUUGCAGUAGAGCACUGCAGGUAGAUACAAAGCCUGGACAGGGGUGGCUUGAGGUAGUCACUUAGCAUGGCAGAUGUCUGCCCCAUUGGCGCAGCAGCACUACAAAUCGCCUGCGAAAUGCGGCGGAAGGUCUGGCUUUGCUCUCUUGCAAGACAGACUCGACCUGUGGCCACAAAUCAGCAUCGCAAAUUUUGAAAAGCGCGCGUUUUCGAUAUGGGGAGGGGUGAUUUUUCCUCACAAUACUGCAGCUGCAGCAGCUUCUCCGACGAGGAGAGCACCUUCGGAAAUGAGGACCAGUGCGCAAUUACAACUCGACACCAGCAGCAGCAGCGGAACAAGUCAUCUGGAAAACACAGGCGGAAGUAGAUAUUCUGCCACAUCUUCGACUGCGGUAGGCGGAGCACCUAGCAGUGUAUCAAGUGCAAAAAUGUCUGGGUCUGGAAACGUGCCAGGUUUGUCAUGCGUAUUUUCCAUGACCCAUGAUGUCUGUCGUGAUGCAUGGCCUAGCAUCACAGACUUUUAGAUGGCUUCCUGAUGCUUAGACGGUGUGAGAAAUGCCCUCUCGCCGUGGCAAAAACUGGACCGCUUUUGCUGUUCAUGCAAUAAGUACAGAUUUUUUCAGAAUCGUAAGACAGCAUCACAAAUUGAAACCUUCCAGACAUCCAGGGAUAUUUGCAAUGCAUACAGUGUCGCGGUAGACCAAUCUUGCCUCCUCAGACUGCAGCACGAAGUGCUGAAACUGCGGAACCCGUAUCAAAAGGAAAAAUCCUCCCUCCCCAUAUCAAAAUGAAGUUUCUGAUGCUGUAUUUGCGUAUACAAAUCAGAUUUGUAUUGCUGGAAAAGACUCCUGCAGGCCUAUAAUAAGCCUGAGUAGGAAGGUUUUGGGCUAGGCGCUGAGCAUGGCAAAUGUCUAGUCUGUAGGGCCAACAGCAUCACAAACCGCCUGCAGAAUGCGGCGGCUGUCUGUGGAGUUGCGUUCUUGCAAGACAGAGACGAUCUUUGGUCAAUGAUCAGCAUUGCAAAUUUUCUGAGGCGCACCUUGUCGAUAUGGGGAGGAGGGGUUUUCCCUUACGAUAGCCCGAGCGUCUUCUUCGACGACGGUGGUGCCUUUGCGUGCAGUAUCAAAUGCCAAAGUGUCUGGGUGCCGAAGGUUGGAACUUGUGAUGCUAACUUUGGACUCUAAAAAAAUCUGUAUUGCAUGACCAGAAAGAGGAGGCGAGUUUGUGCUACGCGGGGAGGGCAUUUGUCAUGGGGAGUAGGCAUCAGGAGCAGGAGGCCCUCUAAAAAUCUGCGAUGCUACGUUGUACUAGGCCGUGCAUUACAGUAGACAUCCUGGGUGAUGCAGAAUAUGCAUGACAAACCCGGCAGCAUUCCAGACCCCGACACUUUUGCAUUUGAUAUGCAGGCCGCUAAAACGGGGGCAGCUAUCCUGUGCAAAAGUAUCGUACUCGUACUAAGUGCUUUUAUGUAUUUACUUAAGGCAAAUCCGCAUUACAAAUUUAAUUUGUAAUGCUGAGCUAAUUUGUAUUGCAAUUUAUACUAGUACGAUGCUUUUGCAGUUCAUAGCAGCAUUCUACGUGCGAUAUUGGGUACCAUCGUUUCCUGACGCCGUAUAUCAAAUGUAAAAGUCCCUGGAUGUCUGGAAGAAUACAAACUUGUGAUGCGCAUUUCAGGACACAGAAAAAUCUCUCAUGCAUAGGUAGCAAAAGCUGCUCAGUUACAGUUUCUGCCACCAAAAUGGGGCGACAUUUGUCAUGCGGAUUCGGCAUUGCGAAAGUUUCUCGAAAACUGUGAUGCCAGAGCUCCCAUACCAGACCUUCUGUGUCAUGCCAAAACUACAGCAUGACUCUUCCAGACCCAGACAUUUUUGCAUUCCAUACCGUAUACGGAUUUAGACAAUAGGUGCAACACGUCGGAUUCGUAUUGGGACCAGGAAGCUCCGGGUCAGGCGUGGGACCACCUGAGGGAGCACACCGAAUUCUUUCUCUAUGGGAUUCUCAAUUGUUACAUGCUCAACUGUCACAUGAAUUUGUGAUGCAAGAAUGGCAACAGGGAGAGGCCGGAUCUUGCAACUCUUGCAUUAGAGUGGGGUAACAAACCUCCCACCAGAAGUUGCAGGCCAACUUCCCAUCCACCCGGCCGGGUGGAUGGGAAGUUGGCCUGGUUGGCCUGUCCGCGUCGCCCGCCCACCCCCCGCUCGUCCCCGGAUCCCGGAUCUCCCAGAAACGUAACGCCUUCUGGUUGCUUGCGAGUUAAGCCAUCGGCUUGGGUGGGUGGUUACGAGUUGACUUCCACCCUCGACGAGACUCGAGAAAGCGGCUGAUAUGGGCGAAGCGCUAGCUACAGCUAGCCGCCCUCUUUAUUCGCAUUUGCGCUUGGUGUCCGCGACACGUCAAGCCAAUAUGCACAUGGGGACGCGACGGCGCCAGCCGCGAGCCCUCCCGCAGGGCAGAUCAUGGGCAAGCAGCUGCGGCAGCAGGCUGCAUCCCAUGCCGUCGAUUUCGUGCGAGCCUUUGCACGCGCGCUCGUAUGCGCGGGGCCCGCGAGCCGCGGAUGUUAUGCGCGCGUGUGAGGGAGGUGGAGGUCCGCGAGGAGCGAGUGCUGAUUUUCCCCGCAGGCGGGGUCACAGCCAACACCACACAAGGGGCUGAGGUGAAACCGACACCAACCGCAUUCAGUGCCGCACGAGGGCGCCACAACAACGGCGCGCAACGACGGCGCAUGCGUUGGCGAGUUCGAGCAGUUGCGAAACGUCAUAUGUCUGGCAGCUAGGAUCUGCGCGCCUGUCAUACCCAGGCGACCGAGACAAGGGCGGGCGGGUGCCGCGGUCGAGCAACGUAGCGCACGCUCUUCGAGCGUCAGCGCUUGCUAUCUUCUGCAUGCUUGCAGAUUUCUCGCCCGCCAUUCGGCGGGGCGGGCGCGUUUCGUGGCGGCGUUUGCCUUACCACGAUCGAUCUCGCCGACUAAGAAACUAAACAAAAUUUAACAUUGUUAAAUUUUGUUUAGUUUGCCUUAGUCAAUCUCACUUGAAGUGAGAUUGACACUAAACGGAUCUCCCAGAAGCGUAACGUCAUCGGGUUGCGAGCUAAGCCACCGGCUUGGGUGGGUGGUUGCGAGUUUGCGCAAAGUCGCAGCCUACCACUGUAGAAGACGCGGCGCCUCUAUCUCUGAAGAAGCCGAUGGGCAUCCAGCGGGUUCGUUAUUGGAGUAGACCGCCCGCUUCUGUCUCUGUCCAAAUACGGGGCCCCGUAAGAACAACCAUGGGGGGACAGACGGCAGCACACUGCGGCUGUCGAGGGUGGUCGAGUUUCGCCUGGUCGUAGCGAAGGGGCGAGCGAGGGGUGGGCGGGCGACGCGGACAGGCCAAUCAAGCCAACUUCCCAUCCACCCGGCCGGGUGGAUGGGAAGUUGGCCUGCAACUUCUGGUGGGAGGUUUGUUACCCCACUCUUACAAAUUUGGCACAGAUUCCCAUGCUGUUGAAGUAGCCUAGCCCUCCCAAAAUUUGUCAUGCGAAGUAGCUUUAUCGUGUGGACCUGGACGUUGAUGCUCAUUUUGCAUGGCAAAUCAUGCAACAGCUGAGAACGUAACAUUUGAGAGCGCCAUACUCUCGCCAACUCGGAGUGUGGGCGUCGGGCGGACGCCCCGUCCGAAUCGGCCAGCGGGUUCGGCUAUCAAAUGCAAAAAUGUCUGGGUCUGGAAGAAUGCGCGAUUUGUCAUGCAGCUUUUCCAUGACCCAUGAGGUCUGGAAUGCAGGACCUAGCAUGACAGAUUCUGUGCGAUCUUUCUCAUGCCUAUCCUGCAUGAGAAACUGCCUCCCGACUUGGUCAAAACUGGGCGACUUUUGGUAAUCAUGCAACACAGAUUUUUGCAUGCUUCAGAUUUAGCAUGACAAGUUGCAUUCUUCCAGACCCAGACACUUUUACAUUUGAUAUCGGCGUUGUGUGCGACGGGGGCUACGCGGGCACAGGCUUGCCGGAGGACGGCAAAAUAUUGUGAGGAAAAAUCCCCCCUCCCCAUAUCGAAAAGGCAUGUUUCCGAAAAUUUGUGUUGCUGAUUUGAGGUCACAAAUCACAUUUGUCUUGCAAGAAGACAAGGGCAAAAGCUUCGCCCCCAUUAUGGAAGCGAUUUGUCAUGCUGUUAAGCCUAAAGGGCAGCCGUUUGCCAUGCUGAACAACUAGACCGAUACGCUCCUACACAGCAUGGGGAUCUGGCCGCAAUACCUUCCUGCAAUACAAAGCUGAUUGGUGUACACAAAUCCGGCAUGAGAAAUUUCGUUUUGAUAUGGGGAGGGGGGAUUUUUCCUUCCGAUACAAAAACUGUUACGACUAUCAGUGCAACGAAGCGUGUAUGAAAUGCAAAUAAGUAUGUCUGGGUCUGGAAGAAUGCAAGUUUGUCAUCAAUGUUGUCUGGUAUGAGUCUUAUGUAUAGAAAUCUGUGAUGCAUGAGCAGGAACAGGGCCUCUUGCCUGUCAUGCAAAAACGCAGUUUGUCAUUCGAAAAACGAAACACAGAGCAGCGCAAAAACGUGCCAUGCUGGGCUGCGUAUUGCAGUGCGCCCACAAUUUGUAGAUUUGCAUAACAAGUUUCCAGACACAGACACUUUUGCACCUGAUAGCGUGCGACAAUAACCCAUACACGUCCUGUCCGCACCUUUUUGAGUUCUGUCCCGUGUUCUAUCACAUGCAAAUACGUCUGGGCCACCUGGAUGAUUGCAACUUGUCAUGCUAAAUCUGAAUCAGGCAAAAUAAAAAAACUGUGUUGCAUGAUUGCCAACAGUUGUGCACUCUUGACCUAAUUGAGAGGCAGUUUCUCCUGCAGGAUAGGCAUCAGAAAGGUCCCGCAGAAUCUGUCAUGCUAUGUCCUACAUCCAGACCUCAUGGGUCAUGGAAAACCUGCGCGACAAAUCUGGCGAUCUUCCAGACCCAGACAUAUUUGCAAUCCAUAUGUUUGGCUACGGAAUCGGUAUCAAAUGUAAAAAUGUCUGGGUCUGGAAGAUUGCCAGGUUUGUCAUGCACAUUUUGCAUGACAUCUGAUGUCUGUGAUGCAUGCCCUAGCAUCACAGAUUUGGUGAGGGCUUCCUGAUGCCUAUACCGCAUGACAAAUGCUCUUUCCGUGUAGCAAAACUUGGACUCUCUUUGCUGCUCGUGCAAUACAGAUUUUUCUAGAAUCCAAAAUCAGCAUGACAAGUUGGAUUUUUCCAGACAUCCAGGGAUUUUUACAGUUGAUAAUCGGCGAUAUUCUGAACUGGGUCGUUGCCAAAGAUGGAUUCAUAUCCUCUGCAAAAGUAUCGUACUCGUACUAAUCGCAGUCAUGCAAGACAAAUUUCUUUUUCAAGCUAAAUCAGCAUGAGAAAUUCCAUUUGUCAUGCUGAGCUAAUUUGUAUUGCAAUACUACGAGUACGAUACUUUUGCAGUUCAUAAUUCACGUGGCACGCAAACGACGCCAGCAAGCCGAUAAAUUGCCAGCGCGACACACUUAUCCUGUGCAAAAGUAUCGUACUCGUAGUAACUGCAGUCAUGCAUCACAAAUUUUUUUUCUAAGCUAAAUCCACAUGACAAAUGUUAUUUCUCAUGCUGAGGAAAUUUGUAAUGCAUUUAUACGAAUACGAUACUUUUGCACAGGAUAACAUUGCUUCCUUCGCAGCACUUUUCGCUUGUCAAGAAGUCGAACACGGGAAACUAUGCAGUGCAAAAGUAUCGUACUCGUAUAAAUGCAUUGCAAAUUUCCUCAGCGUGAUAAAUAAAAUGCGGACUUACCUUGAGAAAAAAACUUGUAAUGCAGGACUUACGAAUACGAUACUUUUGCACAGGAUAGAAACAUCCCACCGACAACGGGCUGUCUCGCGAACGACCUCUUCACGUAUCGCAGGAAAAACCUGUUUCACUGUAAACUUGUAAUGCAGAAAUUGCAUCCCAGAUGAACCAGAAGGGUUUGCCAUUGUCUUGCUACACAUGCAAGCCGUUGACUUUUUAGCUGUGCUUUCCGUAUAGGAACCUCGCAUGGCCGCAAAUUUUGACUUUCUCUGUCAUGUGCUGGAGAAAACUUGUUAUGCAAAACCCGCAAAAUUGUCCCUACAGUGAAACAAUUCUUUCGUACGAUAUCAGGGACUUUAAUGUCAAUACCGACCGGGCGCUCCUAGCGGAUAUCGCUUUCUGCGCCGCGCUAUGCAAUGCAAAAGCAUCGUAGACUCGUAUACAUGCAUGACAAAUAAUUUCCUCAGCGUGAGAAAUUAAAUUUGUAAUGCUGAUUUACCUCAAGAAAAAAAUUUGUAAUGUAUGAUUGCAAUACGAGUACGACACUACUUUUGCACAGGAUCCGCACUGAUCCAGGAUCCGGACGACCAUACGUCGGGUGGGUGCAGUAUGGCGUUCUCAACUGUUACAUCCUCAACUGUUUUUCCAGGAUUUGUCAUGCAAGAACGGCAACAGUAAAAGAGGGGACCUAACGCGUCGCGCAUGACAGAUUUGGCACGGAUUCUCAGCCUGUUCGGCUCUUCGAGAAUUUGCCAUGCGAAGCAGCUUGAUCAUGUUCAUGUCGAUUCUGAUUGCCAUUUUGCAUGAGAAAUCAUGUAACAGUUCAGAAUGUAACAGUUGAGAACGCCAUAUGCAGCAGUUUAUCGCGGUGCCAGGACAAGUGCAACGGGAACGCGCGAUGCUUCUGUAUGGAUGGGAAAUGAGUGAUCUUCCUGGCUGCUCCUAGUCCGAAGAAAAAAGACAGCCUGUCAUGCGGAUUCGCCUGGAGAGCCCUUUUUGUGUUGCAAAACGCCCAAAAAAAAAGGGUGACUAAACAAGGCGCAGCGCAGAGGUCGGGGAGCCGAGAAGAGCAACAGCGAAGAUUUUGCACCACAAGCCGAAACAAAGCAGCCAGCUCCGCGCGUUAAAUUGGCGGGCGAGUUAAAUUGAGGAGGGAGAUUGAAGCAUGUUAAAUGGGAAGGCGAGUGAAAUUGGAAGGCGAGUGAGGCGGGGGAAAGGAGGCGAGUUAAAUUGAGAAAGGGGAAAGGAGGAGAAAGGGAAGACUAUUAUGAAACAGGAGGCCAUCAGCUAGCUAAUAGUUAAACAGCUCCGCCGAAGUCAUGGGGCUUUUUCUUUUAUAGUAGAUCAGGGGCGGCGAGAGCUCUUUGCAAAACCCCCCAGCCGUCCCAUAUAUGCAUGCGCGGGGAGUCUAAGUAACAUGGCUUGCCAGAGUCAUUGACGAACCGGGAAGAUGGGAGGUGGGGAAGGAUUACCGUUUUCAGACAGGCCAGCCGCCGUGAGUGACUACCACCUCUGCUAUUGAGGGAGCGCGUGUCCUCCUCGACUGAGUUGCGUGCGCGGCCCAUCCGUGUUCCGCGUAAACCUCUACAGGAGAGUGUGCGCCGCGUCGAAAGGCCCCCUUCCGUACGGAGCGCCCCGAUCCCGUUUCAGCGUACCUCUGUGAUGGCCUUACUGUUAUGAGAAGUUAGAUCAGUUUGCAGAACCCAGUCUGUUUAUGCUAGCAGAGGGCUAGUGCGCUGUGAACCCCCAGGACCAGGCUGACUCAGUCCCGACCGAAGUGGUAGGCGCUAGGGUGAACUAUGUAUGUAGCGCUUAGGGCCCUUCGUUCCGUACGGCCAAUUUGUAUGUCCCGCAACGGGGUUCGCCUAUGUCGGUUAUUUGUAUGUGAGGCGAUGGGUCACUCGGUCGGCAGAGCCGAUCCACACGAACGAACGAAAACGCCCACCAAAAAUCACACCAGACCGCAUGGAAUGGAGUGGCUUUUGGUGUGCUUUUCACAUGACAAAUCUAUCAGGAGGUAAUAGCAAAUCCGCAUGACGGACUGCGAUUUUUCUUACGGAUAGGAGCACUCCCUAAGAUCACUCAUUUGCCCUCUAUAUUCUGGCAAGACGUUCAGGAUCCGGCGGGCGAAUACGGGACGUGCCCCACCUUCUACCACCGAAAGAAUGGUGGGGCGACCUGCCAUUGCCUCACCGGGAAGUGCGACACAAACAAGGACCGCGACCGGUGCUGCGACCCGAAUCCGAAAUGCAAAUUCAUUCACGACAAGGGGGGCAGUAACCCGGACGGGUGCAGUAUGGAAGCGUCAGGAUUGAAAUCGUCAAAGUUGAAAUAACUUGCAAUGCAUAAAAUUGAUACUAGUUGGAAGCCCAAUUCCCAAGCGAUGCAUGACAAAUUUUCCGAGCACCUGAAUCCAAUUUGUCAUGCUGUUUGGGUACAGACGACUGCUUUUGUCAUGCUCCUGCAGCAGCUCUAUUUGAAACGGUAAACAGGCUGACAGUCGGCCUCACUUGCCAUCCCGGCAAGGCAGGCACUUCAAGCCUUGCAGUUUUUGCAUGAGAAAUUAUUUCAACUUUGUCGAUUUCAAACCUGACACUUCCAUAUGCAGCAACGAGUGGGGCCGCGGGUGGAGGAAUAAGGGCACCGCGGUAUCCUCAGUAAAAAUGUCCCCACACCAUAGUCAAGAUCAUGGGGUGGAAUCGGCUAGACAAAUCCACAAGUUUUGGCUGUUUUGCAUGACAAAUUUGGAUUCGUAGUUGUGUAGUGCUGUUUGAGCUAGCUCAGCAGCAUCACAAAUCUAGCUCACCAUGCUGAUUAGAGCAUGACAAAUUGCAAAGCACGACUAUAGAAUGCUUCUCAUGGGGCUCCGCAUGAGAAACAUUUUCAGCAUGCAGAUUUGCAAGAACAGCAAAAGUGAAUGGGGGAAGCUUGCGCCUUUUGCAUUACAGAUUUGGCACAGAUUUACAUGCUGUUUAGCCCCUUCGGAGAUUUGUCAUGCGAAGCAGCUUAAUGAUGGCGAUCUUGGUGGAAAAAGUUGUGAAGAAAGAAAGAAAGCGCUUCGUCGUUUAAGAAAGAAAGCACUAUAUGAACAAGUAACGACGUGAGACAUAAAAUCGUAGACAAGCAUGUAAAAAGUAGAAGCAGAUACUUCAACAGCCGCGCAGCUAGCGGGGGGGUGACUCCUGUGGUCCCCCCCCACCGGCUGUGCUUUUUCCAAAACAUCCAGGCAAUCCGUGUCGCGGUUCUUUUUUUUUUCCAGCAAGUGGCUGGCGGGGGCGUAAUUUAGGAUAAGGAAGUAUGUAGGUGAAUGCAAGUACAAAAGACUAGACUGAUUGAUAAACUUAAGUGAAGACGAAGCAGCCGCGCUGGUAAGGUAGAAAACUGGAACUACUUUGAUACAUAGAAGGGGUCGCAGUUGGGUAUAGUAUUGCUGGGCUGAGAUAAAAAGAAAACAUCAUGAGCAACGAACGCGGAAUCGGAGACAACGCGGCAAAGCGGGGGAAGAGGCGCGGCCUGCUAGCGAGGACACGGCAAGGGAAUCAAGACAAACGGCCAGGGGCUCAAGACAAGUGCCAAUGAGGGGAGCCGCGCGUACCGUUCGAGCUACAGGAGGACGAAGAGGACUUGGCCAAGUGGGAUAGGCGUGUGGGGCGGAGGGAGAGAACGGCUGCGAAGCGAGAGCAAGUUGCUGGGGCAGGCGACAAGUUUAAAUUUGGUACAAAAAAAAACAGCACUCAGAUACCCGCGCCAUCUGCUUAACUGUGUGAAAUAUUGUGUCGGCCCGGUUCUGCUUGGUCGCCGGCCGGUGUUCGUGAGAUCAGAUUUCACACGUUAAGUAACGCGCGCCGGCUCCUAGCUUAAAAAAAUGAUGAACUCGUUACACGGCUUAACCCCCGCCGAAUCACGAGCGGAAAGCGCACCUGAAACUGAAACUACAUGAAAAUGGGGCCUAAUCAAAAAAAAAAGAUUUGCAUGACAACUCUGGGGUGGGGACGUUUUUACACAGGAUACGCGGCAAAUACCGUCUGCACGAAUCAGAACUGUGAUCAUAGCAGCGACAAAGCGAGGUGUUGCCAAGAAACUCCGGAUUGCUAUCAUGGCAACAUAUACCACGGCGUAUGUGACAGCGCCGGAUGGCAUUACAACACGGGGCAGGCCAGCGCUCACUGCUGGGCGAACGCGUGCAGCGAUUCCCGAGACCUCGACUUGUGCUGCAACGAAAGUGCGAGCUGCAAUACCCUGACCUGCGACGCCGGGACUCAUCGCAAGGACAAUGCGGCAAACUUGUUCUGCGAGACUGAGAGUUGCGGAACAAGCGGCGACCAGGUUACCUGCUGCGAAGCGAGUGCGAGCUGCGAUUCCUUGACGUGCAACGCCGGGACUCACCACAAGGACAACGCGUCGACCUCGUUCUGCGAGACUGAGAGUUGCGGAGACGGCGACCAGAGUACCUGUUGCGAAGCGAGUGCGAGCUGCGAUUCCCUGACCUGCAGCACCGGGACGCAUCACAAGGACGAUGCGGCGACCUUGUUCUGCGAGAAUGAGUACGAAUUGCAAAAGUAUCGUAUUCGUAUGAAUGCAUGACAAAUUUCCUCAGCAUGAUGAGAAAUGAUAAAUGAAAUUUGUAAUGCGGAUUUGCUUUCAGAAAAAAAUUUGUAAUGCAUGACUGCAAUACGAGUGCGAUACUUCUUUUGCACAGGAUAAUGAGAGUUGCGGAACAAGCGGCGACCAGAGUACCUGCUGCGAAGCGAAUGCGAAGUGCUCUACGCUAUGAACUGCAAAAGUAUCGUACUAGUAUAAAUUGCAUUACAAAUUGGGCCAGCAUUACAAGUUAAAUUUGUCAUGCGGAUUUGCCUUAAGAAAAAGAUUUGUAAUGCAUACACGCAAUUAGUACGAGUACGAUGCUUUUGCACAGGAGACACGCUGGACUGCAGCGGAGUGUGGUCUGGGUGGAUGAAUCGCAGCAAUGCCGAUUCUCUGACCUGCAAGUCCAGCCCCACACUCCAAGGCGCGUGCGCGACGACGGACGAGGAGAGAGCAAACUGCUGCGUCGAAGGUUGCACAGAUCCGACGACCGCCUCGGGCGCCUACGGGUUUGUGCCGCCGGCGGGCGGUUGGCUUAUCGUGCGGACGGAUCCGGUAGCUGCUUACCCCGGCAACCAGUACAGCGCUUAUAACGUGUACACCGGAUCGCCACCGGUAACCUGCGCCUCGGCGACGCACAACACCAAUCCGAACGGGAAGGUUAUGGCGUUCUCAACUGUUACAUUCUCAAAUGUUACAUGGAUUUGUGAUGCAAGAAUGGCAAAAGUCAAAGCAGGGAGGUUGCAUCUGUAGCAUCACAAAUUCCGCACAGAUUUAGGUGCUGUUUAGCCUUUCCAAAAUUUGUCAUGCGAAGUAGCUUCACCUUGUGAAUGUUGAUGCUCGUUUUGCAUUACAAAUCAUGUAACAGUUGAGAAUGUAACGUUUGAGAACGCCAUAAAGGUGCAUGUAAGGUGCACCGGAUCGGGCGAGGCUUUACAGCUGCACGACGGUGCUGGUACGCCAUACGGGGAGCAGAAAUGCAAAGAAAGGUGCGAGUUUAUAACCCUUUGCGACCCUGGCAAAAUCGGCCGGAACGAUGGGGCGCAGUGCGCAGGUUCCAGGUGCAAAGCUGGGGAUAAAGGUAUGUGUUGCACCAAAACUUGCAGCUUUUUUAGUAGUCCGCCUUCUGCAGAUAGUUCUACCAGCUGUGGUCCCGCAACCCACUUAAAGGAUGAUGCGGCGACCAUUCGGUGCCGGAGCAAAGAGUGCAAUGGCGAUCUUAGCAAGGAGAGAGAGAAGUGCUGCGAAAGCGACCACAGGUGCGACGACGCGACGAAGGGCGUCGCUUGCGACAGUAACUUUUAUCAGCGUCAAGAUUCGGAUCAGCAUGCUGAUCCGUCGGAGGCACUACGAAUUGCAAAAGCAUCGCACUUAGUAAAAAUUGCAAUACAAAUUAGCUGAGCAUGACAAAGGGAAUUUGUCAUGCUGCCCGUAGAUCACCGAUGUCAUGUUGUUUUGCCUUGGGAUGGAUGUUUGUAAUGCAUGACUGCGAUUACUACGAGCACGAUACUUUUGCACAGGAUAGGCACUGUGCUGCCGGGAAAAGUGCAGCGCGGCGGGCGCUUGCCCGGUAUGCAUUGCAAAUAUGUCUGGGUCUGGUAGAGUACAGUUUGUCAUGCUAAAUCUGAAUCAUGCAAAAACCUGUGUUGCGUGAUUACCAAUAACGCUGUCCACUUUUGAGCAAGCCGAGAGGCAGUUUCUCAUGCGGAGAAGGCAUGGCAAAGAUCUCACAGAAUCUGUGAUGCCAGGGCAUGCAUCACAGACCUCAUGCGUCAUGCAAAACGUGCAUGACAAACGUUGCACUUUUCCAGACCCAGACAAAUUUGCAUUUGAUACCCGGCAGGAUACCACCAAAAAGACAACCCAGACACGAUUAACUGCGGGGCGUACCAGUGCGAUCUGCAGAAUUCCGUCGCGCAGCGGGGUCAGUGUUGCAACGCAAAUCCAACUUGCGACCCUGGCGUCUGCCCCGCGGACACGCACCACUUUGACCCUGCCAAAAGUGCCACGACGUGCGCGGCAAAGGUCUGCACCAUAAGCGAGUGCUGCCUGCAGAAUGCGAAGUGUGACACGCUGACGUGCGAUGCUGGCACGCACCUGAUCCCACAGGCGGGCAGUACAGUUUGCAAGACCGCGAGUUGCAGUAGCAGCGAGGAGAACCAGGACAUUUGUUGCGAAGGCGAUCACAAAUGCAACGAUGCGGACCAGGGCAUCACAUGUGGCGUGGGCUAUCAGUUGCAGGGGACCCGCUCCUGCACCCAUGGCGUUUGCACCGACGCCAAGUGCUGCUUCUUGAAGUGCAGCCACGCGGGAAACUGUCCGGCGAACUACCAUAAAAAGAACGAUCUUACCGGAAUGCUUACCUGCGGCGCCCACAGCUGCAAUCUCGGUACGAACACAGCGCACCGAGAUCGUUGCUGCGAUCUUAACGACUACUGUUCGGCCAGCGUCUGCCCGCCCGGCACCCACCACUUGGUGCAGGCGACGACGUUUGUGUGCGCCAGCAGCCAGUGUCAACUAGACGAGUGUUGCGAAGAGAACGAGACGUGUGACAAUCUCACCUGUGGACCCUUCACCCACCAGAUAGAUAACGCGGCGCAGCAGCAUUGUGCGGCCGCUACCUGCACGCCGAGUCAGGAUCAGGGCACCUGUUGCGAGUCCAACGACGUGUGCACUGUUUCCCUGGUCUGUCCGCAAUACAAGCACCACAAGGACCAGGCAUCCAGUACCGCGUGCGCGAAUGCCGUCUGCACGCUAGCCAAUGACGAAGCCCGCUGCUGCGAAGACAACCAAAAGUGCAGCCACGUUCCCUGCGGGAGCAUUUGGGAUGGGUAUUUGCAACGGAGCAACGCCGCAACUCUGAGCUGCGAAAGCGAGCCCUGCGACACCUCCAGCACGGCAGUGGCCGAGCGGUCUCGCUGCUGCGUCGAAGGCUGCGCGGACCCUGCGGAUCCCUACGGCUUCACUUUGAGAAACGGCUGGACGUGGCUGAAAAUCCGCGAGUCGAGUACACUGGCCUACCCAGAUCCCAGCUUAUGCUUUGCAAAUACGUCUGGGUCUGGAAGUGGAGUGCGACCUUGUGAUGCGCGUUUUAGAUCACACAAAAAUCUGUCGUGCACGGAGAGCAAAAGUUGCGCACUUCUUGUCGCCGAAGGAAAGUGGGAAUUUGUUCUGCGGGAUAGGCAUUGAGAAGCGUUCUGCUUCUCACAAUUUGUGAUGCUAGCGCUUGCAUGGCAGACCUUCUCGGUCAUGCACAACCAGCAUCACAGACAUCUGGACUCAUCCAGACCCAGACUUCAUAUUUGCAGUUGAUACAACUUAGGCUUGAAUGAUUGGUUCGAUGCAAGCACUAUCCUGUGCAAAAGUAUCGCACUCGUAGUAAUCGCAGUCAUGCAUUCCAAAUUUCUUUCUCAACUUAAAUCCGCAUUACAAAUUUUAGUUCUCAUGCUGAGGAAGUUUGUCAUGCGAUUCAUACUAGUGCGAUGCUUUUGCAGUUCAUAAGCACCCAGCUGGAGUGCGCCCCCACCCACGUGAGCCUUGUUGGCAAUCCGCUGCUGCGGUGCAAAGGCGAAGGCCUGCCGCUCGGCCUGAAAUUGGCCCGUUGCGGGGAGAAGUGCAAGCAUUCCACGGGCGUGUGCGCCGCGAAUCAGCUGCCGCGCCAGGAUGACCACCCCUGUGCCAAAAAUCGCUGCGUCAGUAGCGAACAAGCGACCUGUUGCCGGAUGAGGUGUAGCGCGGGGGUGACCUGUAUCCAGGAAAGAACACCCAUCCCCAUCCAUUUUUGGCAUGACAAACACUGGACUUUAUGCAUGUUUUGCAUGACAAAUUGGAGAUAGGUCUUUUUUCCUGGAUAGCCUGCAGUGACUAUGACGUAGCCGGGCAGGACUACUACCACUUGCAACCCAAUCCGGACGCCCUGCGCUGCACGAACCACGACUGCAGCGGCAACCAGAAGGAGCGCUGCUGCCAGAAAAACCAAAUGUGCAAUCACUUGACUAUGGCGUUGUGCGCAAACGUUACUACACUCUCAACUGUUACAUAGAUUUGUCAUGCAAAAUUGCUUUACGGUGCUUCGCAUGACAAACUGUCGGAGGGUUAAGCAGCAACAUGAUAGUAAUCUGUUCCAUAUUUGUAAUGCAAAACGCGCAAUCUACUUCCCGUUGUCCCUUUCGCUUUUGCUGUUCUUGCAUCACAGAUGCGUGUAACAGUUGAGAGUCUAAAGUUUGAGAACGCCAUAGUGAUGUGCAAAGACCACUUUCCCGGGUACCUGCAAAAGGCAAACGCGGCGAGCCUGGCCUGUGUCACGGAAACCUGCGGCAUAUCCUAUGCAAAAACGUCCCCACACCAACAUAGUCAAGCUCAAGAUGGGAAGUCUACGACACAAAUCUCCAAGUCUUGGAAGUUCUGCAUGACAAGUUUCCCUCGGCAGUGUAGUCCUGGCUAGCAUGGAAAGCCGCAUGGGAAAGCCGCUUUCUCAUCCUGUUUACAGCAUCACAAACGCAAAAACACGACUGGAAAUGCCUCUCAUGGAGCUUCGCAAUACAGAUGUUCCUAUCAUUGCGCAUUUGCAUGACAACUCUGGGAUGUUGGGAACGCUUUUGCACAGGAUUCGGUACCUCGUCGGAGGAGAAGGCGCAGUGCUGCGUGGAAGGCUGCCUGGACCCCUCCGAGAGUGACCGGUAUGGCUUCGUGGCCAAUUGUAUGCAUUGCAAAAGUAUCGUACUCGCACUCGUGGUAUUGCAAUACAUAUUUAGAUCAGCAUGGCAAAUGGAAUUUCUCAUGCUGAUUUAGCUUGAAAAAGAAAUUUGUCUUGCAUGACUGCGAUUAGAAGUGCGAUACAUUCGCACAGGAUAAAUUGGCUCGAUGUCCGCGAGGACCCGGCGCUGGCCUACCCUAUCCUGAGUAAAAACGCCCCCACCCCAUAGUUGUUAUGCAGAUUUGCGAUUACAGGAAGAUUUGUAACGCGCAUCUCCAACAUGAGAGGCAUUUCCAAUCUCGUUUUGGAAUUUGUAAUGCUGUAAACAGGAUAAGCAGAUGGAUUUCUGAAGCGGGUGCCCUUGCUACCAUGCACUACAGUACGGACUGCAACUUGUCAUGCGUGGCUCCCAAAACUUCUCGACUCGUCUUGCUAAGUUCCCAACUUGACUACGGGGUGGGGACCUUUUUACAUGUGAUACACCCGACAACCGGCUCCGGAGCCCCUGUUUGGGCGACCGCAGACUCCCGCGUCGGCUGUUCUUCUGCGACGCAUGUGGCCAUCAUGCCUUCACAGAGCAGUCCUCCCGAAACGUGGUGCACGGGAUCGCAUCAGCCCUUGAAAUUGAAAGCCGACCGGUGCCGGGAGUACUGCAAAACGGAUCCAAGCGCUAGUUGCGGUACGGAUUCGCUGCAUUUCCUUGUCCAAAACGACACCGCCUACUGCGCAGACAACCACUGCCGCACCACCGACCGCACCACCUGUUGCGUGCACAGGUGCACGCUGCCGGGGGAUAGCUUUGGGUACCAGUUGGUAAACGGAAAAGAUUGGGAGGAAGAUCUGCUCAAGAGCCGGGGUUUGGCGUACCCGGAGAAUCAAGUGAAAACGUUAUCCUACGAAAAAAGUGUUUCACUGUAAGGACUUUGCAAGUUUUGCAGCACAAGUUUGUUCCACUAUAGAAAAUGUGCCAUGCGUGGUUCCUAAGGGAAACUGGGAGGUUCCUAAGGGAAACACGUUUGAAAUUACAAUGUCUUGUUGCAUGUGUAGCAAGACAAACACCUCUCUGCAAUACACUUUCUGCACCACAAGUUUACAGUGAAACAGUUUUUUCCUUCGAUAAACGUGGGCACACUUGCAAUGUGCCGCGACGCACGACGGCGCGGCGGAGUACAAGUGUGCGAGCCCAAAUACAGCUUUACACCUCCAAGGGUGCAAGGAGCGUUGUACGAAGUUCAAAAAUGCAGACUGGUGCAGUAGUGCUGCCCCCGGCUAUUUACCCAGGUCGAAUCACGCGUCUCUCACCUGUGCGGGGCAGUACUGCGACCAGACAACCGACCACGCAACCUGCUGCAUCGAAGGCUGCAUCGACCCCACGAGUAACGAUAAGUAUGGUUUCGUUGCCACUCCGGAUUGGCUCACCGUGCGAGAAAGCGCAGCGAGUGCCUACCCUGGUGCCGCCGCUUGGGCCGAUGCGGGCUCACUGCUUUCCUGCGAUACGCAGACGCACGUAACAAGUGGUUCCGGCACCCCGGAAACCUUCUGUGCCGGGAGCGGGCAGAAAUUACAAAUCAAAACUGCGUAUUGCCGUGAGAAGUGUAAGACAGGACACGAGGCCAGUUGCGGCGUCACGGGCGACUUUUUCCUUCUUUCCCCUGAUAACGAUAUGUACUGCGUUGACAACCACUGCGCGCUUACCGACAGAAAUAAGUGCUGCGUGCAGCGGUGCUUACCACCGACAGACCCCGUCGGAUACCAACUGAAAGACGGGAAAGAUUGGGUCGCCGAUUUGCUGCGAAAUUCCACUCUGACCUACCCGGGGGGUUCUGCCGGUCAGUUUCAAUCCUGGGCGCAUUUGGAGUGUUCGAGCUCCCAUGCGGGCGUUGCGCAGUAUGAGUGUGCAGCUGCUAAUACAGCUUUAGAGCUGACCGGCUGCAAGGAACGCUGUACGAAGUUCGAAACUGCAGACUGGUGCAACAGCGGCUACUUACCACACGAAAACCGCGCCGCAUUGACCUGCUCCGGGCAGCACUGUGUGGAUGAGAGUACAUACACCGGGGAUGAGGCAGCCUGCUGUGUCCAAGGGUGUGUGGUGAACCCUGCAGACAGUGAUAAAUACGGCUUCGUUGCGGUGACCACCUGGCUUGAUGUGAUCCAAGACCCAGCCCUCGCCUACCCCAAAGCCACAGCCAGCUGGGCUACAGCCAGUUCGCGGAUCACCUGCGAUAGUACCACCCACGUACAAGCCGAGGGGCUGAGUCGCGAGGUCAGGUGUUUGGGGUCGGGGCAAGAUCUGGAAAUUCAGACCGACCGCUGUCAGGAACUGUGCAAAACCGACCCGGACGCUAGUUGCGGGACGGAUUUUAGCUAUUUUCUAGUACAGGACGAUACCGCGCACUGUGCAGACAACCAUUGCGGAACAGCCGAUCGGAGCGCGUGUUGCGUGCACAGGUGCACGCUGCCGGGGGAUACCUUUGGAUACGAAUUACUAAACGGGAAAGAUUGGGAAGAUGACUUGCUCAAGAGCAGAGCUUUGGCGUACCCGGAGCUGAAUCAAGCGAAAACGUGGACACACUUGCAGUGCGCAGCCACGCAUGCGGGUGCAGCAACUUACACGUGCGGAGCACCCAACACGAAACUGCUCCUUAUGGCGUUCUCAAAUGUUACAUUCUCAACUUGUACGAUGAUUUGUAAUGCAAAAUCACAAUCAGAAUCGACACGAUCAAGCUGCUUCGCAUGACAAAUUCUCGAAGAGCCAAACAGGCUGAGAAUCUUUGCCAGAUCUGUCAUGCAAGACGCGCAAGGUGCCCCCUUUCACUUUUGCCAUUCUUGCAUCACAAAUCCAAGUAACAGCUGAGAAUGUAAGAACAGUUGAGAACGCCAUACACCUCGCCGGUUGUCAGGAAAGGUGCACGCGGUUCAAAACCGAAAAUUGGUGUCCCGGAGGCCUUCUGCCGAAUGCCAACCAUAUGAAUUGCAAAAAUGUCUAGGUCGGGAAGAAUGUAGGACUUGUCAUGCUUGUCUGGCAUGACUCCUAGAUCUGUAAUGCGCAAGCAGGAACGGGGCCUCUUGCCGGUCAUGCAAAAACGCAGUUUGCCAUGCGGAAAACGAAACACAUGGCAGUGCAAAAACUUGUCAUGCUUGGCUGCAUAUUGUAGUGCGCCCACCAUUCCGAGAUUUGCAUCACAAGUUUCGAGAGCCAGACAUAUUUGCAUAUGAUAGACCACGCGAACCUACGGUGUGCCGGACAGCAUUGCGACGGGGAUGAUCAAGGGGACCAAGCUUAUGCAAUGCAAAAGUAUCGUACUCGUAUUGCAAUCAUGCAUCACAAAUCUUUCUCUUAAGGUAAAUCAGCAUUACAAAUUUUAUCCCUCAUGCUGAGGAAAUUUGUAUUGCAAUUUAUGCUAGUGCGAUACUUUUGCAGUGCAUAAAGCUACCUGCUGUAUGCAGGGCUGCGUGGUACCCACGGUCGGGGGUGCCGAAGAUCCAUUGUUUGUGCACAAGUAUAAUGUGGUCCCAUCUCAGGAUUGGACCAGCGUGAUUUCUUGGCAGAACUACAACACGGGCGCCGGCCUGUACCCAGGCGGCGGCUGGGUCGCAAACACCAAUCUGUACCACUGCAACUCUAUCCCAGAGAGAAAAGCAGCCAGGGCAUAUUUGUAGUGCCAAAACAAAUACACAGAAAAAUCUGUCAUGGGCGGCCUCAUGGCUGCAUGUUGUUUGGGAUAUGCAACACGUAUAGUAUUCACUGUUGCACUACAAAUGUGACCUCCUGCCUGCUUUUUUCUGCGUGAUAAACUUCACGGACUACACGGGGACUCUGCAGCUGAAGUGCCCGGGUUCGGGACAACCGCUACAAGGCCGGGGCUGCGCGGAAAUUUGCGACUGCGCCCACGGCACGAAGACCGACACCGGUUGCCCGGCGCCGCACGCGGAACGCUGCGCGUCGUGCGAAAAUUCGGCGCAGUUCGGGGUCCGGGUACUGAAUACACAAGAUGUGGCUGCGAGUCCCAACGCUUUUCACUGGAGUGUCGACAACGAGUACUACGAACAAAGAAUGUGCUGGGCGAAGUGUGACCACGUCAACUACUGCCACGGGCAGGAGCCAAACAAUUAUGAGCGUGCACAACUCCCACUCCUCCCCCUCAUUUGUGAUGCAAAAGAACCGCAAAUCCAUUUGCUGCACUGUGGCACUGUUUGCAUGACAAAUUUCAACAGAAGUCCAAACAGUACAACCUUCGGCCGGUGAACUUGAACUUGUCAUGCACAGGCUUCAAGACUACGGGCGUUUGUAUUGCUGUUCAUGCCAUACAAACGAGGCGGAGGAGGAGUUGUGCACUUUCAUAACAACGGGGCUUUUUACCAGAGCCGGGUGGCCGCGGAUUUUGAAACUGGAGCCUGGACCACCAAUGACAUGAGCUGCCUGGUUAUGCAAUGGAAAUGUAUUUCGUCCCCACGCCGCGCACAAGUACAACUAAAAACGACAAAAUGCAUCGCAAACAACUUCUUGGCAAUAGUGGUCGUGAGAUCAUUCAUAAUAUGCAUACACUCGGGAAGAAGAAGAGGCUGAGCAGGAGGAUUGGAGAAAAGUUUUGUCAUGCAAAAACCAGAAGAUGUGAUGCUGAUGUUUUUGUAUUUCUAAAAGUACGGGGGGAAAAUCUUAUUUCCUGGGGAUAUUGAUUCCUUGGUGUACACACGCCCGGGACGAAGACAGUGAAUGCGACAAGGCGAACAACUGCUGCGUAAAGGGGUGCAAUAUGCCUUGCAAAUAUGUCUGGGUCUGGGGGGAUGCAACUUGUGAUGCUACCUUUGGAUUCUGCAGAAAAUUUGUAGUGCAUGAACAGCAUUCAAAAGAGGUGCAAUUUGUGCUACGCGGAGAGGGCAUUGAUUUCUCAUGCGGCAUGACCAUGAGAAACAAACCCUCGCAGAAUCUUUGAUGCUAGGGCAUGCAUCACAGGCCUCAUGGGUCAUGCAAAAUGAGCAUGACAAACUCCUGCACUCUUCCCGACCCAGACCUCUUUGCGAUGCAUAUGCAAACCGCCCCAAGUCACGACGGGCUACAACAUCAACUUUGCAACCGCGUUGGUCCGGAAGGAGCUCUACCCACCACCUGUAUGAAAUGCAAAAGCAUCGCACUCGUAGUAAUCGCAAUUAUGCAUGACAAGUCGCCUUCUUAAGCUAAAACAGCAUGACACCUUCCAUUUGUCAUGCUAAGGAAAUUUGUAAUGCCAAGUACUGGCUGUACGAUACCAUUGCAUUUCAUAACCUGACUAUCGCAAGAAAAAACUGUUUCACUGUGAACUUGUGAUGCAGAAAAAUGGAACACAGAACUAUUUGUCUUGCUAGACCUGCAAGACAUUGGAUUUUCAAGCGUGUUUUCCCUUGGGCAGCGCGCAUGACAAAUUUUCAGUGUCAUGUGUAACAAACUUGUGAUGCAGAUCUUGCAAAAUCAUCACAGUGAAACAGUUUUUUCGUGGGAUACUGACGACGUGAACAAUUUUUGCAUCCGGCAGGUGGGAAAAAACUACGCUGCCGGGGGCAGCGCAGCCGACGGGCAGCCCGCGGGGUUUAAAACGUUCGAGGAUUGCCUGGAUUGGUGCGCGCGGGAUAGCGACUGCAAGGGGAUCGCGUUCUUGAAACAGGUCCAGUCGCCGAGCAAAAACUGUAUCGCGAAGGUGGAAAAUGGAAAUGCACCGACGGACGAUGCUGCUGUUGAUUAUUUGAAAAUGACCGAGGCCUGCCGCCAGCGGUUUGCAAACCUGCACGGGCUCGCCGGGGGUAUAUAUUUAUAGUUCACUUUUCUUUUGCUUUUGAAACUAGCUAGACGAACACCUCCCAAUGGAGAAAGACGCGACCAGAUGCAGAAGGAAUAGUGAGGCAAGUGACUAAAAGACGAGAACGAAAGAACAGAGCGAAUGCUGAAGCCGAUUUGUCCUCAUGAUGAGUUUUUAUUUAAAUUGGACGUAGUUGCAUGCUGAUGCUCCUUAGACUGUGAUAUUAGUGACGAGCCCCGCCCCCGUGCGAUACAUGAGCUCCAGAAAUACGAUAGAGAACAAAACUUCGACAUUACCCGGCCACUGUGCUGUAGCUACUUACUUAGAUGAUUGGGAACCCACCCCCAAAUUAUCCCAGCUAUUCAAAAUAAUCUGCUAGCGCUACGCCCAGCAGUACGGUUGACGAUUCGAUAGCUCGUCAUCUCACUGGAGGUCACCAGUGCUUUCUUCGAAAAAGUGUUCCGUUGUCUCGCACGCACACCAGCAGGCGUAAAUGGAAGAAAAUGAAUAAAUGCGUUACCACCCAUCUAAGGUGCUGCUGUACAGUUGUGACUCCCACGUGCGUCCUGAAAUGAAAAUCGGAUCCACCAGAAUAAAGGUCUUGACAUAAUUUCCAUUCGCGCACUUUACUGUUGUGAGACCGGCAGCGGUAGUAGUUUUCACUGUGGUCGUGCGUGCAAGUAGCGUUUUUGUUUCAGCAAGAACAACAAAAUUUGUUCGAAGCAGCUGGACUCAUCUCUGUUGCUGCAGCCAACUUUUAGCCGCGCGUCUAUUUUCGUUUCAGUUUUUGCGGUCUUUGGCUCCAUAGUACGAUGGAAGCAGCAAGGGUGGCUCUCAGAUCUUCAACGCAUUUACCGUAGUAGAAGAGUUGGUGGCGCGACUCCCCUAGUACGACAUGAAAGAACGAUAGGCAAGAAUGGAAAAAUUCCUCAAUCCUUGUCCACCUCAUUUUUGCUGCUGCUACUUCAUGUUCCCUUCUCACACACCGUCUCGACGCAGUGGAGCUGCGGGAUCUUUUUGAAGAUGAAGUUGAGUGGUGCAUUACUAAAGCCUUUUCCUAUUCCCAUUACCAUUUUCGAGAUUCAACGAUCGCCACUUGGAACAACGAAUCGGGGCAGCAGCUGGAGGCGACUUUCACCACCACCGCAAGCGUGGACGAGCAGACCAUGCACAUGCUAAUAGCCCGGCCCCUUCAUUUUCCGCACGAAGAUGAGAAUGAAAAUAGCUAGAACUACACUUUCUAUUGGAACUAAAUCUUCAUCUAAAUCAGCUCGCACUACUAGUAGUUCUAGUUGUAUAUUAAUCCGAGGACGACAAAUUGGCUCAACAUUCCGCAUUUAACUUAGUGCUUUGCAUGAUUCUAUACGGCGUUGAAUUUGAAUUCUUUUCUUCGCGAUCGAUGAGCUUUGGGUUCUCCGUCUCAACGGAAUGAGUGCUGUUUGAAACAGGAGUUUUCAGUUUCAGUCCUACUUGUUGAGAAGAUUAUCAUCCAGGCAUUCACAGGCAGCGGAUGCUCGAUUCGGCGUGUCUGGGCGACUUCGUGUGCGGGAUUUGCGGGAUAGCGAACCACGACGAUCUCACCGUCAUCGACAUCCACUCACAGGUUUGCCGGCAGACACUCACCAAGCAGUCGCGUCCGAACUGCACGAGAAUCCCGAAGCAGUGCGUGGAGUGUUCGGCGGAAGUAAUCUACGAGGCCCAACACUAUCAGAACCUACACGCAAGCCGUCCUUCUAACAACAAGAACUAUCAGGCCCUGCUGGAAGCGGAGAAGAAUGCGGUGCUCGACACGACCUUCAUCAUGUCCAAGUUCAAGAGCCCCAGGGGCCCGGUGUUUGACAAGAUAGCGGUCGGGACGUGGAACAUGCAGGCGGCGCAUUCAACUUCACAGCGGCGGGACGUGCUCGCCGCGCACCAGCCACCGAUUGCUACGGACGAACUUUGCAUGUUUCUCGACGACAAGAAGACCAAGGUCGAGCUGAACAUAAUCAACCUAGAUGAGACGCAUGUAGCCUGGCUAGAUGCGGACAAGUCCAGGCUGGUUGACAAGAUGACGAGACGCGGCUACCACGUCCUUCUCUGCCGAACGAUCAGGACGAGGAACAAAUGUGUGCUCCAGCAUGCUGCUGAUCGGGGUCGAGCUUGGCCUGCCCGAAGUCGUUCUCUGCAAGGCGGACCAGAAGUGCGAGAGAAAAGUAGCAAUAGUUCGCAUCCACGACCACCCAGUAACAGUAGCAGGGAUCUACGCGCCACCCGAGAACUUGACCGAGGCCCUGCUGCCCGUCCACCCGGAGACGGAGCUGCCCACCAUCCUUCUAGGCGACCUGAAUGCAAGGCACGCGAAGUGGGACGCAGGUGGCACGAGGAGAGACUUCACUGCCAACAAGGCAGGGAAGAUUGUUGCAGAGCUACUAGGGCCCAACGUGAACCAUGAAGGAAAUUGGGUACAGGCAAAUGGAGGGCGCCUGGCUACCCGCCCGUCAUCCUCCUCCACCCCCGACAUGAUAGUUUACGAAAGUAGAUUCUUUGAGCAUGAAAAUACGAACACAAUAAGCAUGACAUCUAGUGAUCACGACCUGCUUCUGACAGAACUCAAGAUAGGGCCGAAUCUACUAGAACUUGCAGACUGGGAAUGCGAGCCGCCGCUAACCUUUGAAGACGAAAACCGGAUCAAGUUCCUGAUGGACGAGGCGAAAGACGAGGACUGGAUGAGAUACAGAGCGGCGGCCGAGGAUAGAGCAAGUAGUUUAUUCCGAAAGAUUGAUCUUAGCGGGGCGACGGGAGCCAAGGAGGACUACUGGACACAGAAGAUUCUUGCGCCUGACGACUGGAUGCCGGGGGCGGUGAUUAGCGUGGACGCGGCUGACGACACGCUCGUGAGGAUCCGGGAUAGUAUUCGGUCUGCCGCGAUGGAGACCCUGAAGUUCAAGCGGGAGAAGACGAAGAAGUAGGCAGCACUAGCAACAGAGCAAUUCACGAAAGGGAGUAAUAAAAAGCCUGGAGCGGACACGAGAGCCGUUCCAGGUGGGCCGAUAGCCGUUGCUGGAGGAGGAGUAGAACUGCCAAGCGACAACGUAGACACCGCCGCUCGCAAGGAGAUUGACUGGACCGCGAUGAAGGAGCGGAAAGGCAAAGCGCGGUGGUCGACCGGCUUUCCGACUCUUAUGGUCAAGAACGAUGAGGCUACGCGGAUCGCCUACCUAGAGAGGACCACCGGCAUAGCAGUGCGCUCCCUGUCCGAGGCCAACAAACUCCUGAAGGCCAAGAAGGUGAAGGACAUCCCGACGGAGGCCGAAGCGGCACGCACACCCGCGGAAGUGUGCAGGGUCAUCCGCUCCUUCUUCCGCGAGAAGCCCUACAAAGUCUACGAAGAAUUUGGAGUGGCGAUGGCAAGCAAAGACGAGGUGGGGGCGGCGUGGCGCGACGCGGAACGGGACUACCUCCGCAAACGAAGCGUGACUGACGGCGGAGUUGUUUGGCCGCUGAAGUUCCAGGAGCUGGAGGCCGCGAUACGUAAACUGGAGAAGGGGAGAGCGCCGGGCUUCUGUAUGACGACCCACGAGCUGGUCAUGAACUGCGGCCCGAUGAUGCGGUGGGCGCUUUUCCAGUGCCUUGCCUCCUUUGUCGAAUACGGAUGCUACCCGAAGGUAGGCCGACUGAUAUCCAUGGCAGCCGUUCCGAAGGUGGAGGGAGGAUGUUUUUUGGAGAUGUUGAUGAGGCCAGUUAGCUUGUGUAGCGUUUUCUCGAAAUUGUUGGACAACAUACUGGACAGACGUCAGUCAUUGUUCCUUGAGGGACACAAAUGGACAGGAACUGAAUACCAUGGCAAGGGGCCUAGCGUCCAGCCACCAUUUUCAAACGCAUACAGGCAAGCGCAUGGAAAAGAGUUCAGCGCUGCAGUUGUGAUUAAUGGAAUUUAUAGGCAUGUCAAGUGCUCCGUAGUUCUCAACGAUUGCUGUAGUGGGUUCGAUAUAGUGUGCCACGUUGAGACUUUGGGGCAGCUUCGCCUGAGACUCUGCCCCGAGCAACAAGUUGCUGCGGUUGCCGGAUUUCUCAAAAUGCGAAAGAUAAAGUUACCAGGAGGGCGGGCAUACUGCCUCUGGGUGGGCAAGCCGCAAGGCUCGCCACUCUCAGGGUCAGUAUGGAAUGGGUAUGCAAUUGCAUUGAUCUUGGACGUGCUAGAGAUAGAGGCUGUGAAAGUACUCAGUGCGUAUUCGGAUGAUAUUACAGUUGUAGUAGACGAAUCCCCCGGGGCAGACAAGGUGCCCGGCGUCAUGAAAGAGAAGGGUUUGCAGAAAAAGAUAUUUUUUGAUGCAGCGAAACAUUCCAGAAUUAUGUAUGACGCAACAAAGCCAUGCACAGCAUCAGCAACAGGCACAGGCAAGAGCCUCGGGGUUAUCUAUGAUGGCACUAUGAAUUUCAGGGCUCACGCGAAGGAGGUGCUGCGCAAGGUCGGCAAGGAGUUCGAUUUCCUACAGACGGAGAAGGGGUGGGGAGUAAAGCAGCUGAUAAUGUUGAUGAACGCCUUCGCCUAUCCAGCAGUCACCUCCAUCUCGGUGGUGACUUUUCCCUUCUUCACGCUCGCGGCCAAGAAAGAAAUCAGCGCGGCCUUCAGUAGUAAAAUCAAGCAACGCCUCGACCUCCCGAAGAAUACUAGUAAUGCCGUCCUUUUCCACACUACCGGCCUCGCCCCCCCCAUCGACUACAUGCUGGUGGACGCGUUGAUGGUGUUCUUCAAGGGCGCGGCGCAGCAGCUAUGGAGCCUCCACCUCAGCAGUGACAACAUCCCGAGCUUCCGGCCGGCCGUCGGGCUUGUCGCAGCCGCCGGCCCUCUUCCUCCCACGCCGGCGCCGCUGUGCAGCAGUAGCAGCAGUAACAGUAGUAGCGCUGUAUUUCUCCCCACCCCGCCGCGGUAUGACAUCGCAGUCGGCGAAAGCGCCCCCAGCAGCAGUAGCAGUAGUAAAUGUCCUCCCGCGCCACAAGUAAGCAGCAGUAGCAGUAGUAGUUCCUUUCUCCUGUCCUCCCUGCCGCAGGCCGGUAUGUCAAGCAGCAGUAGCAGCUCCCACCACCCCUCCGCACCACCAGCUGCAGAUAGAUCCGGCAGUAAUGAGUCAGAUAGUGUCAGGGCGCCGGCGCUCCGUCCUCAUCCUCCGGCGCCCCCGGUAGACGCAACCUCAGCAGCAGUAGGCAGCAAUAGUAGCAGUAGCAGUAGUGUCGCGCGUCCUCCCUCUCCUCCACGCGCCGCCGGCAUCCCGGAUACAGCAGAAGUUGAUGAAGAUGUUGAGGCCGACGAGUUUCCCUCGUCAGCGAACAUCCACGCACAAGGAGAUCCGGAAGAAGCAGUCGGAGCCGCGCAGUUUGUCAACCCGUUGUGGGCCCCGUGCACAGAGGCCUGGUCUGACAGGAUGAACCGUAUUGCAUUGAGCGACGACUUUAAGGAACUAGCGGAGGCAGCAGUAGUGCUCAGCAUCGGUAGGAAGUAUUGGCGCGGUGUGGACAAGAUUAGUGUGCGCGACAUGAGCACGGUGGCGGCGGAUUUCGGGGCCCCGGACCCAGCAGCAUGCGGAGACGACCACAAGCUGAAGGACAAGUGCAGGCUGCUGAUCUCCCAGAUCACAGAGGCCGAGAUCCAGCGGGCCAUCGCAGAUCCAACAAUAAUGGUAUCGUGCACAGACGGAGGGGCAAAAGGAGACACGGGCAGCGGGGGCGGUGCCUCCUGGUCGGGAUGCAAGUUCCAGGAGGAGUCCCCCGCUCCCCUGGUGGUGAGCUGUUGUGGCAUUGUGUCAGAGAUCCCAGAAGCGGAUCCUGACUCUUUUGAUGGCGAGUGCUUUGGUCUUAUCCAUCACAUUCGCGAGUUGAUCAAAAAGGUCGAUCCUACCACCCUUCGAAGAAUCAAGAAGCAUAAGUUCUACAUAGAUAGCAAUGGGCUGCUAAUGGCCCUGAAAGCAUACAGAGACCGUAGCAACCCCAUGAUAAUAAUGGUGGUGCUAGAACUAGAGAAACUAGAAGCGGCAUCCGGUCCAGGAUGCUCAUUCGAAUUUGCAUGGACAGGAUCGCACUUGGGCAACUACUACAACGACUGGGCGGACGAGAUGGCGACGCAGGGGCUUGAUCACCAGCGGGGGGAAGAGGUGGGUAGAGAGUUGUAUAGGAAGGUGCUGACUACAAAUUUGCUUCGCAGGCUACUAGAAGAGAAAAUCUUGAACAAGUAUGACGCAGGAUCCUCUGCACACCCCUACUUACUAGAGAGAGCAAGACAAAUCGGACCCUACCAGAGUAACGAAGGGUGGCCGAAUUUCGUCAAUAGUAUAAUCUUCCCGCUAUGGGUGGGAACAACACAUAAAGGGCGUUUAGGCAUGGGCAAGAUCUUGCAUGACAAAGAAGCUGAGGGUGGGGUGGUGAUGGUGUGUCCCCUCUGCAAGAGAAGGACAGCUCCGACCACUGACCAUCUGCUAUUCGACUGCCAAGCAGCGGAAAUCCCACAGAUCCGCACUAAGUACCUCAGUCAGCCGAGAAUCAAACAGCUAAGCUAUCGAAUUUAUCUGAUCAAAAAGCCCAGCAGUGUGCCGCAAUUUCUCAAUUUCUACAAAGAGGUAGGUGACAUCUACCCGGGCGUGCUACCAAGUGGUGUGCGAUCCGCCAUACAGUGCCACCCGGUGACCGAAAAACAAGAAGCAACACCAUACGAACCGGAAAAACUCCGAUCAGCGGUGAGCGCCGCGCUAAUCGAGAAGCUCGCGCCCUGGGUGCGAGAAGUGUAGAAAGACCGAUGGUAGGAGGGAAAACGGGUGCUGAGGUGAUGAAAGGCCUCAAACUGGCUACAGACCGUGACUAGAAGAGGAGUUUUCGCACAGAGAGGGCACGACGCCGAAUCCUGCACCCAAAACCACCGAAAUCCAGAAGGCUGUUCUACCGCGCUGGAAGUCUAGUGUGGAGGUGAAGGGCGAAAGCGAGCGGGCAAAGCAUCCAAGGGCGAGGGGUGUUAGGGCGGGCGGACCGGAACCUUUCCCGAGGCGCAGCGCAUGCAAGCACCAGCUCAACACUAACAUGCGAAAACCGACGGACGGCGGCCGAGCUGGAGGAGAAGUAGGUGGAAAAGGAGCAAGUGCAGCGAUGUUAAAAUGAAAAUAUUUUAGUCUAGCGGUCUCAUCCUCACUACAAAUAAAAAACGUCACUCCCUCAGGGGCGAAGUUGCCGACACGGAAAAAGCUAACAUGAUAAAGUGCCUGAAAAUACCUCUUGUGGCAGGCGGAACAGCAACACCGAGACAGAAGGAAACUCACGAAAGCAACUAGAACAACUAGAGAGAGAGGGCACGGGGAGUGUUCUUUACUGGUGACGUCUUCUCAUCUUUUCCCCGCACGCGCAGCCGGACCCUUGGCUAUACAUCCCCAUCUGCGGGCGCCUAGGGCGCAAGAACGAUCACAACAGGUCACGCCCGCGUCCAGGUCAAGAAAACCAACCGAAGCGAAAGGCUAACGAGACGAGGAAAGAUAUUUAUCUGGACCCCAAGCUGCUGAGAUGUCGAUAGAUCCUGAUAUUGAUUUUCUCAGAUAGAGAUUCCUGAUGUAUCCCUAUCUUUUCUCGAUUCAAGGUGCAAAUCCAUACAUAUUAGAACUCCCCGCGAACCAGUGCAGCCGCUCAGUGGAAGAAUCUCAGAUUUUUGAAGGCGCAGCUAAAGUUCGCGUCUUGCACUCGUAGACGCGGACUUUGUAGAACCAGACGAAGGUCCGGCCAGAACCACCCGAGAGAAGGUGGUAGCGUGGCAAAUAUGUUACCACCUUGAAGAACCUGAUCGAGACAAAAACGGGAGGUGAGCUCUGCCGCAAGCUGCUCCAGGGCGGAGGCAGCGCAAAGUCUACAGAGUUAAGGGACAAGCACCUAACAUAUAUGGUGCCCGAUAUGACCCUAAACUCGCCCAAGCCCCGGACCGUCCCAGAGUAGACAGCCGCACCACAGAGGGUAAGCUUGUGAGCAGACGGAGCGCACCCGGCCGCGGCUCGAAGAGAAGAAGCUGCAACAGUGUACCUCAGUGCCCGCAACUCGAAGAGUGGUAGUUGCAUCAUGGCGCGUCUGGUACAAGGAACAGGAGUGAAUGCUGGCCGAGUAGGUGUUUCUCCUGAGAGCGGUGCCUCCCUGCUCGUUUCCUCCGGGUGGUCUGCGACAUCAUGUUCCACUUGAUAGCACUAUGUAUAGCUAAAAACAGGCGUGAAGGAUCCUCCUCCUCCUUGAGAAGAUUAUCAUCCAUCUCCCCAGGUCAAACGGCAGUUCGUAUCCCGCGCACGCAGAAUUGUCAGUGGCUGGACAACUCACAAGAAUUUGAUGCAUGGCAAAAGCUACCCGCCCCGGCAUUUUUUACCUGACUAGUGGUAGUGCGUGAGGAUCAUGGGUGUGAGACAAACGAAGAAACCAACACUACGGUCCUCACGAGCAAGAGCAGGCUAAGGCUUUCCUUUUUUGCAUAAACAACUACACGUUGAACGAUUGAACUCAGAGAACCUUCGACUCUGAGUCUGAACAAGAACUCAGCGACAUCAAUUCUGCCCCUGUCCAUACCCUCCUUCGCGCAUUCAAGCUUCCAGUGUGCGACUAACUACCAUUCGACGAAAUACCCAGCGGACUACACGGUCAAUUUCCCCACCUCAAAGCUCUCCCAGCUCGUCGACCUCGCGUGUCCUUCGUCCGGGGCCGAGGUAGAGAAGUCAACCUGCGUGCCGACCUGUUUUUGCACGUCGGACACCAGUACGAAUUCCGAUCCUAACUUCAUCCUCGGCACCCCGGACCACAGCACCAACAAGUGCCCCGGGCUAUGCCUGGAAAAAACUGCGUAAGUGUAACUCUGUAAUGCAGAACAUGCAACAGAGUUACACAUGUCAUGCCAGACACCCAUGAAGUCCUCUGUUCGUGUGUGUUUUCCCUUACAAGCCACGCAUGACACACUUUUUUUUUCGGUAAGAGAGGGAAUCAGACUAAACAGAUGGAAUCAGACUAAUGGAAUCAGACUAGAUGUAGAAUCAGACUAGUGGAAUCAGAAUAGUGAGUAGAAUCAAGAUACUUGAAUCAGAAUUAUAGUUAUACGUUGAGUCUGCAUCCCCAUCCGUCGUCGAAUGAAUGUGGUCGGUCAUUGUGUUCUCUGUCGUAUGCAUUGGAUAUGUUGAUGCCCUCCUGCAAGCAUCGCUUUGGCCCAUCGCUUUCUCGUCAAUUCAUCUGUGGGCAGUGCGUGUUCGCUGCCGCGCUUCUAUUUCAGGCGGGACUUGAUUUGCAUGCUUUGUAUGUCUGCGCAUCAGACCACAUUUAGACGGAGGGGGGGCAAGGUUUUCAUAGUAUAUCUUGCAUAGAAGUUGUUUUCGGCGAUCCUCGGUGGCCAGCCCGGGUCAACUUCUAUCACAAGCUCCGGAUCAUUCUCGGCUCACUCGCUUCCUCAUCCUCGCGACGGCACGACUGGCAGACCGCGCAUGUGUCAUGGAUGACGGGCGCGGGCCCUAGCAGGUACUAAAUGCAGAUACAUUGUUUCUUUUUCAGAUGAUACCACGUUGCUUGUUUAUUUUUGGCGCGGCGGUACUAUAUAUAUUAAUAUUUUGAAACGAAUCGCGAGAUAAAGAAACGCAUGUCCUAGCUUUAUGCAUGAGACCUCGCGCCACCACUACGACUCUCACACACCGCCGCGCGGCGUCACGGAGCCAGAAGGGAGACAGACUGCUUCGCUCUCGCGAAGUGAGCAGGGGCGUCGUGCUCUACUUUCCAUCUAAUGCAUUGCGGGCGUGAUGGUUUUCCUUAACAAAGCAACAGAUUUGCUGCUGCUGUUGCUGCUCUUUCCUUUGCCUUUUACUCCUUUCUACUUCUCAGUCUUGCCGCCCUCUCUUCUACCCUCCCAAAAAGGACGCUCUACUUCUCUGUUUUGCGCGGGGUGCAACUGUCUGGCCUCGCUCCCAUUGGUUAGAAAGGGCGAGGUAGUUGGCCGGCUAUGUCUAGCGAGCACAGCGUGGCUGCUAGGAGAUCAUCCCGCGUCCUCACUAGCUGCUCCCCCACGCAGAGAUCGUAGGAAAGCCCAAACGAAAAGCAAAGCACGGCUCGGGCCGUGGCCGCGCAGGUUCCUGCGCACAGAGCGACGCGCAACAUGUCAAGAAGAAAAGACGCGAAGGCGCCGCGGUUAUCCGGAUUCAAUUUCUCGAACUUAAACAAAAAUUGCAUAUUUUUCCGAUUUUUGCGCAAAAAAUAAGGGGGGAACGCUGGCAAAUUUUCAAAAAUCGACCCUGUUUUUGUGUUUUCUACUUUGCAAGAUCCGGCGCUGGGCCAAGGAGUCAGUGUUGCGAGGCGACUCGUUGUGAUGUCGCCGGCCAUGUCUAGCGGGCACCGCCUGGCUGCUAGAAGCCCUCGCGUCGUCGCGAGCUGCUCCCCCAUGCAGAGAUCCUAGGAAAGCCUACAGCGAAAAGCAGAGCACGGCCCGGGCCGUGGCCGCGCGGCGCAGGCAGGGUCAUGCGCACAGAACGACGGGAAGCUGAAACAUGUCAAGAGGAAAAGACGCGAAGUCGCCGCGCUUAUCUGGAGGCAAUUUCUCGAACUUAAACAAAAACUGCCCAACUUCCCGACUUCUGAGCAAAAAAUAGGGGGGGAGCGCUGGCAAAUUUUAAAAAGUCGACCCUUUUUUUGCGUUUUCUACUUCGCAAAGCCCGGCGCUGGACCAAUGAGCAAGUGUUGCGAGGCGCUUCGUUGUGAUGUCGCUUUUUUUUAUUCCGUCAGUGGCUGCAGCGCUCUGCGGCUUCCUUCCUCAUCUUUAGUUCUUUUCUCGCCGUGCCUCGGCGGGCGCGGGCGCCGCCCCAAGACUUUGCAUCCAUGCGUUUUGCACACAGCCUCUGGAGUUGUGGUUGUUCGUGCAUCGAGUUGGCAAAAAGACUAGGCCCGCGAAAAGGAGACGACUGUGCGCAGUGCCGCGCGGAGCACUUUUUUGCAACUUCGCGCGCGGUUCUAAGUAUACCUAUACACGAAUAUUGCUGAAGAUGGUAGUGGUGCGAGGCAGAAAGGGGCUGCUGCGUAGAUUUUCAUUUUGCGCCAGACCUAUGCAUCGCAUUCCCGUUUUUUUCAGCCUGAAUCUCCUAUAAAAAAAACAUAUCUCAGGCAAUCUACCCGGGCUUGGCGUCAGUGUUGUUGGGAAGCAUGGCGCCCUUGGACAUAUCGAACGGGAUCGGCGGUGGCGGAGAGACACUGGCCCGUGGAUGGUGCCGAAAGUCAAGCAGGUCUUUGGUGCUGUAACAGCACCAAAGGCCUCCGCUUAAGAUCAGGAGCGGCCACAUGAUUCAGCAGUGGGCGCAACAAACUACUACCAGACCCGGGCGCGCGAGCACGACAGAACACGGACGCGAUGUUGAAGCACUAGCCUGAUUCCACUAGUCUGAUUCCAACUGUUAGCCUGAUUCCACUAGCCUGAUUCCAGAAAUAAGUCCGAUUCCGUAAAUCCUUUAGUCUGAUACCAUCGACGACCUUUUUUUUCUCUGUAGUCAUGUAGAGCAAAUAAAUUUGUGAUGCUGACAGCCAAAGAAACAGAAAGUUACACCAACACAGUUUUUUUCUUGGAUACGGUCCCGCGAAGCAGUACUGCCACCAGUGCAUCACUGACUACAUUCACCACCC